AUGAAAACUGUGGAUGAGUUGGACAGCAACCUGAUUUCCCGUAUCCGUUCCAAGUUCCAAGAAGAAAUCGCUGCUUAUCAAAACGAUCCUCUAGCUAGUUCGUCACGUUUGAUCGUGCCCGGCAUGAGUUGCUUCGCUAAUUAUUACGACCCCGAUAGACUGAAACCGCUUCACAACAUCGUCAACAAGGCUUCCAAAUCUGUUCGCCUCAACAGUAUCACCUUGUCGCCCACCAAGCAAAAAAGUAACGAAGCGGAAGAUAUCCUCACGAAGAGUGUUUCCAAUGAAUGGAAAGGUGUAGAAACCAUAGAUUCCUCACAAGCCGCAGUCUCUCGUGCAUUAGCAGGAAAGAAAGCGUUCCGAGCUCAAACGGAGGAAGAACGAACGCAAAUUCUUGUGAAAGCAGACCUCAAGUAA